CCCCCCCCCCCCCCCCCCCCCCUCUCUUUUUGGGGUGCACAGCCCCAGCGGAGGGUGCUCAGGAGGCCACGCCCUCGCCAGGCAGCAGCCAAUCAGAAACUGAGCUGCAGGAAGGAGGCGGAGCUAAUGUAGAUGGUAACUACUUCUAUGUCAGCAUGCCCGCCGGGCCCACCGAGCCCGUGCCACCCCCAGGACCCCCCCAGGGCUUCCCACCUGAGGAACCCCCCCGGCCCAGCCCUGCCGAGGCUCCCCCGGACCCACCCGGCCCCCUCCGUGACGUGGACCUCAUCUUCCGCACCAUCGAGCAGCUGACGCUGAAGCUCAACAGGCUGAAGGCUGUGGAAGCUGCCCACCGGGAGUUGCUGCGGUCCCUGGGGCACAGCUCAUCGGCAGACACCACCCCCGUGGGGGUCCCAGCCCAUGGGACGGAGGGGGGGUGGGCUCAGCGGCCCCACAGCCCCGAGGGUGACAGCCCCCUGACCCGCUCCCUGCGGAGCCACAGCGCCAACGUCCCAG